UCAGUUCAGUUCCACCGAAAUAUUCGCGGAGAUCGGUAGCACUACCGAGGAGUGUUUACCAACAUUUUGUCUUAACUCCGCAAAUCGCUUGACAGCAAUUAGCCGCUAUGCUGCUGUUCAGUUGCAACCCAAUUUUAGCGUUUCUGCUUUUUAACGUUUUUAACAGCAAUUUUGUGCCUGGCAGCGCACAAAAUCUAUUGGAUCGCUUCCGACCCGCGCCCGCCAAUCUGACACGCACCGAUGACGUCAAAGUGGUGUCCGGCACAAAGGUGAAGCGCUACGAGCGCAUGACAGUGCCACUGGGGGGCUUUGGGCCAGUUGUGGGUGGCAUCGGUGCAGCCGGACUGCUUAGCCCCCUGCUGCAUCCACAGCCGGCAUACGUCGGCUACGCUUAUGUACCCCAGUGGCAGGCGGGCGCAAGGCUUGUGGGUGACGGCGAAUCAGCGGCUGCAGCCGGCAUGAUCACUUUCCAGCAGCUACCCUACAACAGUGACAUCAAAGUGACUAUCAAUGUGACUGGGCUGCCACCGGGAAAGCAUGCCCUUCACAUACACACAUACGGCGAUGUCACAGAGGGCUGCAGGUCCACAGGCGGACAGUUUCCCAACAAUUUUCUUGGUAAUCUGGAAGUCAAGGAUGAUGGCAGCAUAUCGGCAGUAUUUAUGAGCAUCUACCUGCAGCUGUUUGGCUUCAAUGGCAUCGUUGGCCGCUCCGUCGUUAUCCACAGUAAGCCAAUCGAUUUGAAUACGGCUCUCAAUGCGGAGGUGUUCUCCUCCGCUCUAUCCGUGCCCAAUGCCUUGGCCUAUCAGAACGAGGAGAUGUCGGUCGGUGCGCCAAUUGCCUGUGGGGUCAUCAGUCUGAUGAGCACAGCUAGCACGGCACCGACCCCGUCUACCACUAGUGCACCCUAGUUAUAAUUAUUUGAUAAUCAUCAUAAUCAACAUUUAAAACAAUAAGCACUCAAUUUUCAUAGCAAUCUGCAAAUAAAUAAAAAGUAUU